UGCUCCAGGGGCCUGUGUGAUUGGAGGGAAACCCCGUGGAUUAGCCUGAGAGCGCUUGUGAGGAUCAGCUGUGGACCGUAGUUAGCCAGCCGGACCAGGAACACUAGUAUUCCCUACUCUCAGUCGUGUGCAGCCAUGGACAAGAGCGAGUUGGUACAGAAGGCCAAGUUGGCUGAGCAGGCGGAGCGCUACGAUGACAUGGCGGCCGCCAUGAAGGCCGUGACGGAGGAGGGCAACGAGUUGUCCAACGAGGAGCGCAACCUGCUGUCGGUGGCCUACAAGAACGUGGUGGGCGCCCGGCGUUCCUCAUGGAGGGUGGUCUCCAGCAUCGAGCAAAAGACUGAAGGCAGCGACAAGAAGCAGCAAAUGGCCAAAGAGUACCGGGAAAAGAUUGAGAAGGAGCUGAAGGACAUCUGCACUGAUGUGCUAGACCUGCUGGACAAGUACCUCAUCCCCAAGGCCACUCCCGCCGAGAGUAAAGUCUUCUACCUGAAGAUGAAGGGGGAUUACUACCGUUACCUGGCAGAGGUGGCUGUGGGCGAGGAGAAGGCCUCCAUCAUCUCCAACUCGCAGGAGGCCUACAAGGACGCGUUUGACAUCAGCAAGACAGAGAUGCAGCCAACCCACCCCAUCCGCCUGGGCUUGGCCCUCAACUUCUCCGUCUUCUACUACGAGAUCCUCAACUCGCCCGAGCAGGCCUGCAAACUGGCCAAGACGGCUUUUGACGAGGCCAUCGCAGAGCUCGACUCGCUGAACGAGGAGUCGUACAAAGACAGCACGUUGAUCAUGCAGCUACUGCGAGACAACCUCACACUGUGGACCUCAGACAACCAGGGAGACGGCGAGGACACUGAGGAGGGCCGAGAAAACUGAAUCUCAACCUGUCCCAUGACGGACCAACCCCCCACCCCACCUCAACCCGAACCCUAACCCUAACCCCAUCCCACCUACCCUCGCACUCCAACCCCCUUCGUCCUCCUCCUUACGCCCCCUGAACCUGUCGUCAUCGUCGUCGUCAUCGUCGUCCUGGCGCACCAUCAACACUGAGACCACCUCAUUGUCCAGCUUCAGUCUCUCUUAGCGCUCUACCCCCCUCCUUUGCCUCUUCUCUGUUCCCUACUUUUCUAGUCAUUGUGGGCUUUUCCCUCUGGGGUCUGUGUGUCCGUGGGGAGGGUGUGGGGUGGGAGGAUACGAGGGUGGGGUGGAAGGGUGGGGUCGCAAACGGAAGGGGAGGGGAGGGGAGGGGCUUUUUAGCUCUUGAACCUGGCUGUGUGUGCAUGGAUGUGCGCGCACGCGUGCAACAGAGAGGGUGCGUGUUGGGAGCUCCAGACUUGGGCAGCAGGAGGAGUGAAAGUGUGUGGGCACAAAAGGGGUUUUCGGCGUGUGAGGGUUGUGGGGAACCCAUCCAGCGCACUGCCAGCUCCUGCUGCCCUUGGUGCCAUCGUCGUCACUGCCCAAGACCCGGAGCUGCCCCCCCCCCCCUCCCCCCCCCCCCCCUUUCUCUCUCCCUCUCUGUGGGCCGACGGGUUGACCGAAGCCCUACCACUAUCAGCCACAGGGGAAAACAGUUCAGGACAGCGGCAGUGGGUUGGCCUGGCACCGGGAGGUUAGAGGUCAAAUGCGAUGUGCGCCCCUCCUUCUCCUGCCCCUCCCUCUGAAAAAGCACAUACUGUAUCACAAUAGCGCUUGGCAGAGGGCAAACAAAACAAAAAAGGAGAGAAAAAGGUUACAUUCCAUUUACGGUCACUUGCUCACAUUUUUUUUUUUUUUUUCCCUUUCUUCAUAUUUGCCAUCUUGGGUGGCUUGCAAAUAAUAAUAUUAAGGAAAAACAAAAACUUUUUCAAAUGGCUCAAUCAAUUACGAGGUAUGGUUGAACUAAGAACAAAGAGAGAGCCUAGUGGGCCAUAGCGUGGUAGAACUGUUCACAGUGCUGUACAGUCGGAGCAGUGAUAAGCCCCUAUGUGCUUAAUCCAAUUACUGCCCCAAUUAAGUUUUGUUUUACUGUUUAAUUUUAUAAACUGCCUUUUAUUUCCUUUGAUAUUUGGAAUUUGCUGAUAGAAGUUGCAGAUAGUAAGAGAGGGCGUUUGCUGUUGGGCUGGCUAGCUUUGUUUCAUGUCUUUGGAAUUUUUCAUACGGAAACACCCAAGCAUACAUGUUAUUUGGAGGGAAAUUAUGUAAUUUCAUGUAAGUGGAAUUAAAAAAAUAAUAAUUUAAA